AUGUCCUUUAAUACUCAAAGUACGCCUAUGUUUUGGAACAAUGAACAAUAUCUGACGCCUAAUUUGGCUAACCGGAAACAGGAAGGUGACCCAUAUGGAGAAGUUGCCGAAUUUGCAGAGUUGAACCAAGAGAAUAUCGCUUCGUUCAACCAGCAACAAAAUGAACCAUGUGAUCCAUUACAUGGCCAAUCUGAGCAAAUGCAAUAUAACAUACCAAAUUUUCAAGAUACAAAUGACAAUUUUGCAUUUCAAGACCAACAACUAGCAUAUGCUGCUCCUCAGAACGGAUAUCCUUAUCACGAUAUACCGCCACAGAAUUCAACUCAUAAUUCACAGGGCAAUGUAAGUUAUAUCUCCAAUGACUUGUCCCCACAUCAUGUCAAUAACAACCAUCUUGCUUCACCCGGUACCUCGGAGACAUCAGCAAAUUAUGACAUUGACAAAAAAGUCUUGAGUGAGCAGGUCAAUGGAAACAAAAGAAAGUCAAAAAGGCAGUUGUUAGAUGAAGAGGAUGCAGUAUUAAUCGCUAGGGAUGAUUCCGAAUUAACUGAAGAGGAAUUGCAGUUGAAGAGGAAGGCGCAAAAUAGAGCUGCCCAGCGUGCGUUUAGAGAGCGUAAAGAAACCAAGUUGAAAGAAUUGGAAGCCAAAUUAUUACAGAGUGAAGAAGAGAGACAGAAAUUGAUGGAACAACUCGAGAUAAUCAGGAAGCAAAAUUUGUCUAUCAGUACAGAGAAUGAGAUUUUGAGAACUAAUGAAGGCUCACUAAUAGCAAGUAAAGCACCAGUAAACAAAUUUCAUUUCCCACAAUCACAAGAUGAUUUUAUCAAUGAGAUAACCCGUGGUACCAACCAUCAGGUGAAAAGAGAUUCCAUCAAUAAAGUGUACGACAAUUCUGAAGGCGAAAAAUUGCUAGCUCUUGGGGCAGUAUGGGACUAUCUACAGAUCAAAGCCGAGGAGGCAAAUUUGGAUUUGACAACCAUUGAUUUCAAUGAAGUUAUGGAUAAGUUGAAAGGUAAUGAGAAAUGUCAUGGAUAUGGUCCUGCAUACCCUUUGAGUUUAGUUCGGCAAGCUGUGGAGGCCAGCUUCAAGUGA